AAGAGAAGUUAUCUGAUCUGUUGUUGUUUUUUGUCUAGCCACAGUCAGGCGUUAUGCAUGAAGAGGGCAGUUUAGGUGCAGCUGAACGUCUUAUAGGGACUGCAGAGUGAAGCCUACGAAUCGUACACACAGGCAAUUCAGACGUAUCAGUGUUGCACAGAUAAAUCAAAAUUUGAGGAUCACCUGAGAUCACCCAUUGCCCCAGUGACAAGGUGCAAAUAAGAUGCAUCUGGGUCAAAAAAUCCCAUUGGAUGGGCUAUCUCUAAAAGAGCUAGGAGAUAGUGUGUUAGUGGAGAUAGAACCCCAGCGGAAAGGACUGCCCUUUCUCAAACAUGUGGAGUACCGUAUUAUUAGCAAGUGUUUCCAGGUCCCAGUUCAACGCAGGUACAGUGAUUUUGAGGUGUUCCACAGUCUGCUACUCCAAAAGUUUAUUUACAGGAUGGUUCCACCCCUGCCCCCCAAACGCAUCCUUAAAGGCGUUUUGAACUCAAUAUCAGACCGAGAGUUUAAUGACAGUCGUCGCCGUGGCUUACAAAGGUUCAUGACCCUGGUGAUUAGACAUCCAGUGCUAGCAGGAGAUGAAUUGGUCAACAUCUUCCUCUCAGCAAGCAGCACAGUAAGUCCUGGAAACCAGCUGAAGGCAGUAAAUCUGAUAUACAGUAGACAAUAUACAGAUGUUCAAAACAAGCUGCGCGAAUCAUUUAAAAAAACAGGUGAUGAGUUCCUGACCUCACAAAUGGCCUUGCAUGGCAAGGUGUACCUUCCUGAAGACAUACAGAGCCAGGCUGCCGCUAAUCGAGAAGUCAUUGCAAAUAUCCACAGCAGUUUUUAUAAACUCAGAGAUGUAGCCGAGCGGAUGGCACAUCGCUCACGGGAGAACUCCACAGAUCUAUUUAUGUUUGGCAAAGACCUGAGUGAACUGGGCUCGGACACAUCAGAUCUGCCUGAUAGUGCCACAUUGGGCAAAGCAUGGAAGACUCAGAGGAAGUCACUUGUGGAACUGUCAGGAGAAUUUGGUCUACUUGCAGACAAAGCAGCACACCAGGGCUGCAGAGAGGAGGACGAGGUCGUCGAGAAACUGAAUCUUUUCCUUGAACAGCUGCAGUCGUAUAAAGACCUCUGUGAUCGCCAUGACAAUGGUGUGCUGUUAGAGCAUCAGAGAGCAUUUGAAAAGCGCAACGGGCCUGUGGCGACACAUUUAAAGAGGCAGAGCUUCUCGGAGCAGCCAGAGUCUAGACUUACACAGCAAGAAAACACAAUAAUCACCAUGGAGAUGAGGAGCUAUUUCUCCCUUUUGUGUCUUCAUCAAGAAACUCAACUGAUUUUCACUCAUCUGCCACUUGUAACUUCCAUUCUGGGGACAUUUGUCCACUCACAGAUACAAGGACACAAAGAGAUGGGUGAUGUGUGGGGUGACCUGCAUCCAAAACUGAAGUCUCUGUUUGAAAACGCUAAUGAAGUCUCGUCUCGUUCCUCUUCUCAAACACAUACCUCCAGAUGAUUAAAGAACUGCACUGUUGUUGCCCUUUCAUAACCAGAAAAUGAGGAUGAGGUGACACCCAACCAGAAAAUUCCCAGGUUUUACCCAAUAUCCCUGACUAUUUUACAGUGUAAUGUUUUGGUUAAUGUUUUCUUUCUCUUAAUUAAUUGUACUGUAUAUACUUUAACACAUUUGUUGAUGGCUUUUCCAAAUAUAUAGCCUAUACAAACAGAACAUAGUGACUACAAAAAGUAUUUGGACAUUUAAGCCACUUUUAAAAAUGUAUAACAUUUCACUAUAUGAUAUGCAAAAUAUCAAACCAUAUGCAAACAAAUGGUCCUAAACCUUUUCCUAUCUAACUUCAUAUUCCUUAGACAUUUUUUGCAAUAACUUUUCUAACCAUCUGAUCCCAUAGCCCUCAUGUUUACACAGGUAGCAAAGUAACCUCAGAUGUAGUAAUCACAUUAACUAUGAACAUGUUCCACUAAGUCUGCCAACCAAAAAGUGUCAAAAUACUUUUUUUGUCUUAAUUUUGAACAGUGUAUCUAUUGUCUUAUAACUUAAAACCACAUAAUGUAUUUCUUCUUGUGAAAUGCUUUGCUUGUGCUUUCUUUCUUUACUGUAUACAUGCCCCUUUCGCUGCUUUAUAUUUGAUGUAAUGCAAUGACAUUCAUACAUUUGUAUUAUGGCUUAGUGUCUAAAUACUUUUUGGAGACAAUUAUACAAUAUAAAAAGAGAUUAUAGAGUUUAUUUAUUUUCUAAAUGUCCAGUAGAAAAGCAUCCUUUGAUAGCAACAUGCCAAUGUCUGCACUGCUGUUCAACCUUUUCAUUUACUGUAAUAAUUCUUAUUUAGUUUUCUUUCUUUUAAAAAUGUGAACCACACUCAUUUGUUUUGAUGCAAUAUGCGUGCACACAUUCAAAUAAAUAAUCCCAGAUCUUUUAAAACCUGUGGUCAGUCCAUCCAUAUUAGUUUUUCUCAGAUCGCUUUGGCUCAUUUUUUGAAACAGUCUUAACAUUCUCUAAACUGUAAGUGCAAUUGUCACAACUGUUUUAUGGGACAUCACAACUCUAUUGCAUGUCUGCUAAAUGUAGUAACUCACCCAAAACAUUGAAUUCAUGCUUCAAAACCUAGUUAUUGUGUCAGUAAAUUGGCCAAUGACACCAAAAUGAAUUUUGUUUUUUUUUUUGUCAUUGUGUGAGCCGUACUGGUCAAAAUGUUUCGAUGUUUUUUCACCAUGGCAGUCAACUCUGGAAAUGUUUGUAAUAUACAAAUUUCAUUGUUGUUCUACAUUUUUGUUGACACUGACUGCUUACUGUACUAUACAAGAAUGUCAGUUUUGUCUAGCUGAAUGCUAUUGUGUAUCACACUGGGCUUUUUAGAUACCGAUUUCAAAUGUAGAUAAAAGUUUACUGGGAAAAGUCAAUACUGUACAAUACUGUAGUACACAGAAAAAGGAUAUGC